AUGAAAAAUGUAGAAUUCGUACGAGAUGACAAUGACGAUGCUUUUCGAAGGAAACAUUGUUUUGAUAUAAAUUAUUGGCUCUAUGAUGAAGUGCAUAAAAAAUUGCAGUCCACUGACAAGGAGAAUGAUUUUCAGAAUAUAAUGAACCUCUUUGAUGGAAUGUGGAAAAGGUUUAUUAAUCAUAGUUAUGAUGUAAAUACUAGAGAAGUAUGUUUCCCCAAUGCAACCUUAUUUAGGGAUAACUUCCUGGAAUAUUUGAAGAGGGUGAAGAAUUUUAUGGAUUAUAUUGAAGAUUAUUAUUUCAUUAAAGGAGAAAUUGGUAAAAGCACAUAUUAUGCAUGUGAAGUGUAUUUCGAUUAUCUUAAGGAGAGAAUUCCAUUAUAUUUAGCCUUUGGACCAUUAUGUAGAAAGCAAGGAAGUAACACAUGUACAAAUUAUAUUCUAGGUUAUAGCUUUUAUGAUCCAAAGCAUCUCGUUACAAAAAGUCAAGCAUUAACAAUAUAUGGUCUAAGUUGGUUGUAUCCUUGUUAUAAUAAGAUCGUACAUUUGUUCAAUGAUUAUGAGAACGCACGUCAAAAAUUCAUAGGACAGUAUGCUAAGUACGUUAAACCUUUCAUUGAUGCAGCUGAACAAAGGUUUGAAAAAUUAGCACAGAGGGGUACAGUAAAAAAUCCGCUCCCUGUAGAAAAUGUGGAAGUUGUCGAUGUAGCAAUUCCAACUCACUCAGAACAACCCACAGGAGUUCCAAGUAAACUAUAUAGUCACGAUGGUAUUUCUCAAACGCUGAAAACUGAACAACCAGUUCCAUGGAUUAAAAUUGGUGUGUUUACACUUCUUUCUGCAUUGAGCAUCACAAUGCUUGUAACAGCUUUAAUGAAGUUCACUCCACUUGGGAACCUGUUCUCACGAAGGCGGAAACGAAUAAGACGGGAGCUUCAGUAUAGUUAUUAUUCUGUAGCGGGAGAUUCAAUAUUUGGCAGUUAUAAUAGUUUGAGUACUAAUUCCGAUGAAGGUGAACGCAGUAUAGCAUACGGAGCGAUGUAA